AUGCUGUCAUUAUAUAUAGGUGUCUACAGGGCAUUGUACGAUUAUGUGGCCCAGUCUGAUGAAGAACUUAACAUUAGUGCUGAUGACUUGUUAUACUUACUAGAAAAGUCGGAAGUAGACGACUGGUGGAAAGUUAAGAAGAGGGUAGUCCCAGUUGGCGAUGAAGAAGUAGAUGAGCCAGUUGGAUUGGUUCCAUCAAACUACAUUGAAGAGGCCCCUAUUGUUGAGAGAGCUACAUCAUUAUACGACUAUGACAAGCAAACGGAGGAAGAAAUUUCUUUCAGAGAAGGUGAUAGGUUUAAUGUAUUUGACAUGAAUGAUCCGGAUUGGUUUUUAGUGGGAGAUGCUCAAACUAAUCAACUAUUUGGGUACGUUCCGGCAAAUUACCUCGAAGUUGGUGACCAACAACUGCAACAACAGCAAAUCCCUGCCCAAUUACAGACUCCUACCCAAGGUCAGAAUGCUCCAGGUAUGCCUUUGGCUAGCUUUGCACCACCUCCACUUCACCGUGACAGAGGUAUGUCUGCAUCUCCACAAUCACAACCACAAUUUCAACCGCCCCCAAUGCAUCCAUCUCAAGUUCACAACGAGCCUGAAUCCACGGAACAUGAAGGGGGUGAACAUCAAGAAGAAGAGGUUCUUGGCAAUGAUAGUGAUGAAGAUGAUGCCCCACCUCCUCCAAUGCCAUCUAGACCUUUAAAUGAAACCCCGGUCAGAGAAAAUAAACCACUUCCCACACUGUAUGGCCAAGAAAAUGAAGAGGACAUUAAUGAUAAUACAGAACAUAAAUUUGAUGGGGAAUAUUUUACUUGGUAUAUUGAUGAAGUUGAUGGACGUAAAAAAAGGUCUGUCAUAUUUUCUAUUGGUCAAGGAAAUGUAAUUUUAAAACCAAAUACAAACAAUCCUAAGAAGCUCAAGCUAAAGUCUGCAUCUUCGCUCGAUCAACAGUGGAAAAUCAAGGAUUUAACUGAUUUCAGUCAUGAGAAAAAGCACUUGUUUUUGGAAUUUAAGAAUCCAAGUGCUUCCAUUGAAUUGCACACCGGAUCCAAAGAUGUAGCCGAAGCAAUUAUGUCUAUUUUAGGAGAUUUAAAGGGUGCUGAAAAUGCAAAAGGGUUACGAGAAGUUGCAAAGGCUUCCCAAGCUUCGACGGGAGGAUCGAAUAGGAAGAUCGGUAGACUUAUGUACGAUUUUGAAGCACAAGGAUCUGAUGAAUUGAUGAGUAAAGAAGGUGACGAAGUCUAUAUUAUUAAUGAAACUAAAUCUAAGGAUUGGUGGAUGUGUGAAAACAUUGAAACUAAAAGACAAGGUGUUAUUCCAUCGUCAUAUAUUGAAAUUGUUGGAACCUCAAACUUAGAAAAAUUAACAGAAGGUCCUCAAAGACUGAAAUCUACUAGAAGUACUAGAUCUUCUAGGGGUAGGGUCGUUCCAAGUGAUGAUCAAGGACACAGAAAAAGUAAGAAUCACCAUCGUAGUAGAGAAGAACGUAACAAAAUCAGAGAACAUGACCGUGUGCAAAGAGACAAAUCAAGCCAUGGAGAAUCAAGUGAUAAAUCAAUGCCUAAUUACCAUAGAGUUAGAACAUGGAUUGAUAGUUCUGGUUCAUUUAAGGUUGAAGCUGAAUUCUUGGGAUGUGUUGAAGGCAAGAUUCACUUGCAUAAAACCAAUGGCGUUAAGAUUGCAGUUGCGGCUGCUAAAUUAUCUCUUGAGGAUUUAGAAUAUGUGGAAAAAAUUACUGGAACAUCUUUAGAGUCAUAUAAACAAGAAGUUACAAAGCAAAAUGUGAAAAGAACCAAGUCUCAGAAAGCUGGUGUUACUCAAUCUCAAUCAGCUACUUCGGCUAUUAAUGAUAUUGCCCCACCUCAACCCACAAGACCUAAAACGACAACUGCUCUUUCAACUAGUGAACCAGAAUAUGAUUGGUUUGAAUUUUUCCUUUCUUGUGGUGUCGAUCUUGGUAAUUGUCAACGUUAUACACUUAAUUUCAAUAGAGAACAAAUGGAUGAAAACAUUUUAGCGGAUAUUAAUCCUUCAUUAUUACGUACGUUAGGUUUAAGGGAAGGUGACAUUUUGAGGGUCAUGAAAUUUUUAGACAACAAGUUUGAUAGAAAGAAAUCAACUGUCGAAGAGCCAAAUGCUCCAGCAGGUGGCUUAUUCACUGAACCAACUGGUGCUUUGAAAAAUAACAACUCAGCAGCAGAAGUUCACAAGGUGGAUCCUAAGGCAUUACCAUCUCCUCUGAGGUCUGAGGAACAGAUAGGUGCACAAGAAGCACAAUCUAACAAAUUUGAAGAUGACGCAUGGGCAGUUAAACCAGCAGCUAGAUCUAGUGAAGACGUAUCAAAACUUCCAGCUUCUACUUCUUCUCCUGCUACUCCUGCUGCUCCUCAGCAACCACAAUACACAGGUGCAUUGCAGGAUUUGGUUAAUAUCAAACCUUUAGAACUGAAUAAUAAGAUACCGCCACCUGCUACUCAACAAGAUCAAAAGCCAUCUGCGCCAACGUUAACUCCGGUUAAGACUGGAAAUGGUGUGUCAUCGCAACCUACUAAUGGACAAGUGACCGCUCAACGUACUGGUGGUUUGGUCCCUGUUCAACGUACUGGUGGUCUCGUUCCAGUUCAACAAACUGGUGGCCUUAUUCCUGUUCAGCCAACGGGAUUUAUGCCAAUUACUGCUCAGCCAACAGGAUUCAUUCCAAUUCAAGCAACAGGUGUUUUGCAACCUCAACUCACUUUUGGGAUUGUUCCAUUGCAAACUGGGGCUACCACAUUUACAGGACAAGCAACUGGUCAACAACAAAAAACAGGCAACAACAUUCCACAAACUACUUUUGGCCAACCCACAUUCCAACCAUUGCAAACAGGUAAUGUGACACUUCCUCAGACCACAUUUGGACAAGCACCAAUGAUGACAGGUCAAGUUACUGGUGGUAUGCCACCUACAUCAUUCGGAGGCCAACCAUUAUCUAUGCAAAGGACUGGACCUUUGGUUCCGGCUCAAAGAACUGGUGGCCAGGUUACCGGAGGCAUGAUGCCGCAAACAAGUUUUGGCCAAUCCAACUCAGUUAUGAUGCCACAAACUUCAUUUGGU